AUGGUCUGUGAGGAUUAUGGAACGCCAAGGAUGACCUCCAGCUCCAGCCUUCAAAUCGAAAUAACCGACGCGAACGACAACCGGCCGAUAUUCGGCUCGACCAGCUACCAAUGUGAGGUGGCGGAGAACAACGGCGUGGGAAUUCAUCUGAUUACUGUCGUGGCGUUCGAUGCAGACGUCGCUCAAGAUCAUUCCAAAGUGUUUUAUUACUUCAUUGACGGGGGUGGUCAAAUCUCAUCGCUGUGGCUUUCAUCCUCGUCUUCAGUCACUUCGACUUUUUUGUCGACCUCUUCGUCGUCGUCAUUUUCAUCGUCAUUAACGUCCUCAUCACCAUCCUCAUCUUCUUCUUCACCAUCGUUUCCAUCAUUAAAAUUAUCCGCAUCAACGUCGUCAUCGAAAAUUCUUUUCAAAAUUGAAACCGAAACUGGAAAAGUCACUGCGGAAAGUUCGUUGGACCGCGAAAAGAUGCCAACGUACCGACUGAAGAUUGUGGCGAUGGACCGAAAGGAACAUCCCCUCUACACUACAACCACCACUCUCGAAGUUAUCGUACUCGAUCAGAACGACGAAAAACCAACAUUCGAUCGAAACCAUUACACAUUUUCCAUCCUCGAAUCAGUUAAACCCGGUUAUAUCGUCGGUUCGGUGACGGCGACCGAUUCUGACGAAUAUCCACAAAAUUUGUUUUACUACAAAAUUCGUGAAUUAGAUAGACAUAGCCAUAAUUAUUCGGAGAUGAUAGAUAAGUCCAUCAGCACGCUCUCGAAAACUCUUCAGUUGGGCGAUUCCAAGGAUCGCAACUUUUACUCCAGCGACCACGGAAUUUGUUCCGUCGAUACGGUCUCAGGUGAGAUAAUCUUAAACUUCCCAGUGGACCGUGAAAAGAGAGGGUCGAUUGAGUUCUUGGUGGAGGCGGUUGAGCAAACCUCAACGGAUGAUUAUCCAGAUGAUUUGAAUUCCAGGACAAAAAUGAGAGCAUUCCUGAAUGAAAGUGAAGUUCCAUCCGCCUUAGUGACAGUUCAGAUUAUUGACGUGAACGACUGCGCGCCAAUUUUUAUUUACCCACAAGUGCAGACGAACUUCACGGCAUUCAUCGACGACGGCAUGGAGGGAACCGUUGCCUGGGUCAGUGCACUUGACCGAGAUGUUGAUGCGACUAAUUCGGCUGUUUUUUAUACCAUCACAAAUGCCUACAAAGUCAUUGAUGUCACGCCAAAUGUGUCCUCACAUUCAUCUGCCUCAUCCCACUCGCCAACAUCUUCACAUCCAUUUGCUCCGCCAUCGUUAUUAACAUCAACUUCCACUUCAUUUCCGGUUUCAUCAACAUCAUCAUCCGCAUCUUCUCCAUCGUCGCCGGCAUCACUUUCAUCUUCGUUGUUCUCGUCUGACCAGCACUCGCCGAUUCAUACACCAUCAUCAUCGUCGUUGUCGUCUUCACUUCGCCAUCUGCAACAGUCGAUUGUGGUGGCGGCUGUGGAUUAUUUCGACGUGUUCAGCAUUGAUGAGCAGAGUGGCGAGAUCAAAUGCCUUGCAUGGAGGAUGCGAACCAAACUCCUCCCGCACAAGGUUCCUUCUUGCUAA